UCCAGGUUUAACUAUGUUAAAUGUCAGAUUGCAAUAAACUAGAAGCUGUUGGUCGGGCCCGCGGAAAUGGGCGAGCAUAAUCUCCUUAAUCCAGGGUUUGUGGGACCUUUGGUAAACAUCCACACAGGAGACACGUUUUACUUUCCGAAUUUUAGAGCCUCGGGGGGACAACUGGCGGGGAUUCCGUCUCUUUCUUACCCGAGAAGGGACAAUGUUUGUUCCCUCCCGUGGAAUCCUUCGGAGCCGUGCAAUGGAUACUCUCAAUCCUACUUUAGCAGCCCCGUGUCUAUUAACCCUUCCUUCAAUCGGUCGUGUGAAAUCACCAGAGCAGAGGAGGGGAAAUGUUAUUACAACAGCGCGAACGGGAACAGAGAGACCUGCUCAGGUGGAAGCAGCCUGAAAAGAGAGGAAAGGGCGAGAGACACAUCAUCCCUGACAUCCGAUCACGGGAUGCACGGUGGAAUUGGUGCCGGCUUUCCCAAAUAUGAUUAUGGGAGCGAGCAGCUAACGCAAGACCCGCCGUCCUGUCAAUCCAUGGAGUCCGACUCCAGCUCGUCUCUGCUCAACGAUGGCAAGCCCUCAUCCAGCGACACGCAGACCCUGCUGUCACCGGGAAGCCAUUCAAGCACCAUAGCAGGAGGAGGAGGUGCCCCGUGGUACCCGAUGCAUACUCGGACAAGAAAGAAACGCAAACCCUAUUCCAAACUCCAGCUGGCUGAGCUCGAAGGUGAAUUCAUGCUGAACGAGUUCAUCACCAGGCAGCGGCGGCGGGAGCUCUCCGAUCGCCUGAACCUCAGCGACCAACAAGUCAAGAUCUGGUUCCAGAACCGUAGGAUGAAGAAGAAAAGACUAAUGUUGAGGGAGCAGGCUUUGGCCUACUUUUAGAGAUGCAGCAGAAUCGAUGGGCAGUAAAAGCCGAGCCUGGUGCGUUCCCCCAAGUCUUCUUUGAAUGCAUGCACUCACCUCUCCAUCCUUUACAUCGCAGGCUUCCCAAAAAAAUAAAAUAAUUCCCGUUAAGUUUAGUCGUCCAAAAGUUGGCGGAGAAAGGCCUAAACAAUCUGUCAUCCGAUGCUGCAUUACACGUCAGAGAGCCUUCAUGUUUGGCACAAACAAACUUGAACAAUAUGUUUCCUGUCAAGGCUGGUUUUCCUGAUCUGUCACACGAUAUUAGCCCGCGCGCCCUUGAUGUCGACCAGAAGAAAAGAAAUGUGUCUUCACGGGCAAUUUCGUUUUGGGAAGACACUUCCCUUUGUUUCUCUUGUAUCAGAGAAAAUACUAGGGAGGAGGGGGAUAGAUGGAGUUUCAGAAUAGAAGUGAACGGAAGUGAUUAGACAAAAAACUUAAACUCAAAAUUCGCAACGUAUGAGCACGACAAUUUAUCUUCCCUUAUUGAGCGACGCGGAAUUCUUUGCUGCCAUUUUUUAGUCUAAAGCCAUAAAUCGCUGGGUAAUAUAAACAUUUGCUUUCAGUAGUUUUCGACACGUUGGCGUACAUGUUCACGGUCACGGGCAGGGUAUCUGUUAGUCUGGGAGAGGAAGGUCUCCAGCCGUAAUGCAGCCCGUGUCAAGACACACCUCUAAAAGAAAUACAAAACAUUUUUCUUUUUGUUCCGUUUUUUAAAUGUUCUUUCAAAUCUUUUCUUACAUUUUUCUGUCUUAACUUUAACCACUGUGACAUUGCGCGGAUUUUGUUUCUCUUAAUUGUGACAUCACAAUUUAAAAACGGGUUUGAGCUGCUAUUAGAAGUCCAGACUGUACCAGUAAACAAAUAAAAUAUAAAAAAAAUACAUUAUAUGAUCCAGGAUGGAACGAUUCAGCUAUAUAAACCAAGUCAGUCCAACGGGGGAGCCGCUGCAGUUUUAAAGAGCGGCUUUGAGGCCUAAACUCGGUGCUCACAACGAAAAGCUCAGAAGUUCCUGUAUUUUUGCCCCUUUAAGUUGGGCCAGUGGUGCAUUAUUUGUCAUGUAUAAUGAGUAAGCUAUGGCAGUGAAAUGUUUGCAGCAUGUUCUUGAUGUGAAGUAGAUAUGACUCAUUUUCUGUUUUGCGGGCCACUUUUUAUGCAGGUGACCCUUUUUCUACUUUUUUUUCACUUAAGUAAAAUAUAAAAGCAAAUAAUCUAAAACAUUUUAACACCAACGUCUUCACAGAAUGUAUUAUUAUUAUUAUUAUUAUUAUUAUUAUUAGGCUUGGAGGAUGCGCUCUAUACGGGCAGUGCGCCGGUUUCCCUCCUAUUUUCUUUUGUGUAUAACCUUGUAAAAUAAAAUCACACAAAUUAGUAUUUGCAUCCUGAUUAAGGAUACCUUGCCGCUAUAUAAUAGUGCUUUAUGUUAUUGAUCGUCUCGUACAAUAUGGCAUUCCAUAAACCAGUCUGUGAGUGUAAGAAGUGGGAAUGUACGCAGAAUAAAACAGCCAAGAACGGGUGUACAGAACAAAAUUGAAGAAACUUUGUUUGGAUGUAGCUGUCUCAUACCGUUCUUUUUUGUCGCCCACAUUGUAUUCCUUUCUUUGCGCUUGUAAGACUGCUACGUUGUCUUGUAAAAGUAAUAACGAUAUGAAUGUAUAUGCGUUAUGUGUUCAAUAAACAGUAUAUGGAAACGUU